CUUGGAUUUUAAUACUUAAUUAUUUUUUAUAUCGUCAUCAAUUUUUAUUAAAAAUACAAUUGAAGUUUCUCAACUUGCUAAUAGUAGUAGAUAUUCUACUUAGGGUUUUACACUACAACCCUCUAUUGCUCAGUAUCAAACUAGACUUAUGCAUUAACGAAUUACAACUAUUCUUAUCGAGAGAGGAGGAGCGGAAACACAAAUAAACAUUCAGGACACUUCUCAAAUACUUGGACAGUACUUGUCGUUUUAUUAUUCGCCUUGGUGGAGUCAACGCUUACAAUUACAGGAAAUCAGCUAAUUAAUAUUAUUCUAUUUUCUGCAACUUUGGAUUGGGUUAUACAUCGCGGACAUCCGGAGUAAAAAAGGUGAAAAAAAGUUUACUUGCUCUAGUGCAGUACCCAAAAAGUUUAAAAGUUAAAAAAAAAGUUUUCUUUUGCUUUGUGUUGUGUUUGAAAUUGUAAUCAAGUUAUAAGUAAAGUAAAAUAAAGUAAAGUAACAAAGAAAAUUAUAUAUAAACUCAGUUUCGUUGAAAAAAAGUAUGUAAUAUGAUCUAAUGUAACAAAAAAGUUUGUUUGAUGAAAAUGUCGGUAAAUAAAAAACAAAAAAAAAUGUUAUAAUAAUAACAAUAAUAAUAAUAAAAUAUAAUGUUGUGUCGAAAAAAAUAGUAUCAACACGUCGAGUUUUUGAGUAAAGUAUAAAAUAGUUAAAGUAUACGAAUAAAUUAAGUAAAGUAAAUAAUUGAAAAGUAACGAGAAAAAAUCAAAGUCCGGGUUACUGAUGUGUCGUAAAAUAUUUAAAGUGUUGCGAAUAGCGCGUGUUGCGUCCUCAAGAACAAGUACUGCACGAGCAUUAUUCGACACAGGCUAAAGUAAAGUUCCAGUAUGUCAGAUUCUGGCUCUGAGAAUUCUUCCGAUGGUUAUGAAGGUCAUCGUGGACGAAAAACUCCACCUGGUGGUGAUGAUUUAUCACCUGGUUAUGAUCAAAAGUCAAGUCCGAAAUCACCAAUGAGUUCAGCUUCAUCUUCACCUCGUGCCAAAAGUCCAUGUUCUCCACCGGCAUCUCCUCUGUCACCCGGAGAAAGGUCGCCGAAAUCUCCAAGUGAACCAGCGUCGCCUCAAUCAUCUCCUUCUCAUCAAUCACCUAGAUCUCCACAAUCACCGCGAUCUCCUCGCUCUCCAAAAUCUUCUCGUUCAAGACGCAGUUCCGUUAAAUCGGGUAGUUUAUCUCCAAAAUCUUAUCAUUCCGGUAAUUCCAUUGAUUCACCAAGAUCUGACCGUAGUUCACCACCUGCAUCACCUGUAAAAAAUUCAGAUUCUUAUAGAGGUACCUUAGGUCCAAGUUCUCCAAAAUCACCGAGAAAUAAUAGAGAUACUCCAAAAUCAUUUACGUCAGAUCCGCCUUCACCACGUUCACCGAAGUCUCCUAGGAAUACUGGCUCUAGAGAUAGUUCGCCUAAAUCUUUAUUAUCAGGACGUAGUUCACCUAAAUCACCGGUUUCUGGACAGAGCUCACCGAAAUCUUCAAAGUCUGGUCGUGAUUCAAUGACAAACAAUCGUUCACAUCGAAAACGAUCUCCUCAUGAUAAAUCUAAUCACAAAAGUGAUUCUUACAAUGAUUUAGAUGGAGAACAAAUUUCAGAUGGUGAUAUUGAUGAUGAGCCGGAGCUUAAAUCAAGAGCACAACCAGUGCCAAUGACACAUGGAGAAGAUUUGUCCGAUGUUUCAGAUCUUGAUAGUAUGGACGGCGUUGAAGAGGCUGAAGAGAGUCAUGAUAAAAGUAAUCGAGAAUCAAAUCAUUCACGUACGGAAGAGCAGAAAGAUGAUAAAGAUGAAAAAGUAUCGGUUAAUAUUGCUGAAGAGAGUGAGCAGCUUGAUUUCGAAGCCGAGGGACAAUGGAAAGAUGAUCGUGAAGAUGCUGAAUCUGAAGCACCGUCUAAAGAAUUUAAAGAUUCUAAAGAUAAAGAUCCUAAAGAUAAAGAUAAGGUAAUUGAAGCUGGUGAAAUAAAUGAUGAGAAUGGUAAAGAAGACACGGAAGAUGGUGAAAAAGUUGAAUCUGAACUUGAAGAAGGUGAAUUAAGCGAUGGAGAUGACGCGCGUCCGGAAGAAACAGAACCACGACCAGUGUGCCGUUUUUACAAUCGUGGACAAUGUACAUGGGGUGUAAGUUGUCGUUUUCUUCAUCCUGGUGUUACUGAUAAAGGUAAUUACACAAUGUUUGAUAUGGUAAGACCAAUGACUUAUCCACCACACCCGAGUGGGGCUCACGACUUCCGACCUCAUGUUGAACGUCCAAAUAUUCGACCGAUGCCAGGUUAUCCAUCCGCUCAUCAUCCACCGAAGAGUGGUGAAGAAUUUCCACCCGAGUCAGCUUGGGAACGUGGUCUUCGCCAUGCUAAAGAAAUGAUGCGAAAAGCGAACAAACGUAAGGAAACAGAUAUGGACUUUGAAGAAAAAAAAAUGAAUCUCAGUCUCGGUCAAGAAGACGUGGAUCGCGAUGUAGGAGGAUACUAUGUAAGACCAAUGAGUCCAGCUGAACCAAUUGUUGAAAGAUGGCCUCCACGAGAAGCUCCUCCUAGGAGAGUUCCACAUCCACGUAUGACUCCUGAAGUUUACGAUGAGCCAGAAGGUUAUUCUUAUCCACCCUCUGGUCCUCCUGAGUACUAUCGGAGAGUUCAAUAUAAAGUUGAUCAUCCACGUUCUUCGGGACCAGAAUACAGAGAACGCGUUGAACAUCAUCCUAUACCUCGCGGUGCUCCUCAUUCUAUGUCUCCGCCGCCGAUGCGUGAACGAGAAAGAGAACGUGAUAGAGAGCGUGAUUAUUAUGAAAAGUAUGAGAAAAAACACAAGAAACCAUCUAGAGAAGUUAUUGUGGAGAGAAUUCCAGUAGCUAAACCUUGGCGAGAGGAAGAGCCACCACCAGCAGAACGUGGACGCGGUGAUGAAUGGGCUGAUCCAUGGAUGAGGCGUAAAUCACCUAGUGCUGUUCGUCGUAAUCCAUCUUCUCGGCGACCCAGAAGACAAUCAUAUUCAUCUGGAUCAUCAUAUUCAAGCACAAGCUCCAGUCGUAGUUCAAGCCGCAGUAGCUAUUCCUCUUAUGACUCUUUGUCCAGGUCCCGUUCCCCAUCUCCCUCAGCCCGACCUAGAACCCAUACCAAAGGAAAAUAUCCUCCAUCUUCACCUCCUGCCGCAAAUUCCUUACCAACGUCACAAUCACGCGGUGCAAUGCUGAUGAAUCCACCUGCGCCAUCACCACGUGGUGGUCCUAAAGGUUCUAUGUCACCGACUGGUACUCUUCAUCGACGUGCUGGACUAAAUCCACCAGCACCCAGUCCUUUGAUUACAACGCGACAUCAUGAAAAAAGCAGAGAUAAAGCUGCACUUGCUGCUGCUGCCGCUGUUGCUAAAGUUAUCAAAAGUCGUUCACGAUCAAGGUCUUCACACAGUAGUUCCGGGUCAGAGAGCAGUGGAAGUAGCAGUGAUUCAAGUGAGUCAAGUUACUCAUCAACAUCAUCGAUUGAAGUUAGACGAAGAAAAGCUAUUUCACCUCAAAUGCGUAAAGAAUCAUUAAAAAAUAACGAAUCCAUCAAAAUACCUAAUUCAAAACCACAACCCGUUAAACUUACUCUCAAACCACAAAAUAAUAUACCACCGCCGAAAAAAAUUGAUCGUAGUGCAACAAUAGCUGGUAAAAAACGACCACUUGAGUCACCACCUGCAUUAGAUAAUAAAGCAAGUGUUGCUGCCGCAGCCGCCAAAGCUGCGAAAAAAGCUAGUUCACGUCGUGAAGAAUUACUCAAACAACUAAAGGCUGUUGAAGAUGCGAUUGCACGUAAACGAUCUAAAGUUUGAAAAUAAUUUUGUUUUUUUUUUUUUUUUCUGACAUUAUAUGUGUAACUCUGGCGAUAUUGCAGCAAUUUUGUGGUUGCAUUUCUUCAUUAUUAAGAUUAUAUAAGUAA